UGUGACCCGAAAAUUCAUAACUGGCCAUUAGCCUCAGUAAAUCAAUUCAGGGAUGAGUUGUAAGCCAGCAAACCAAGACGCUCACCAAGACCAGUCUUGGGGACGUCCCUGCUGCUAAACAAUUUUAUCUUCCUGUCAUGGUUGAAGUUUUACAACAAAUAUAAGUCAAUAUAAAACUAGUGGUGUUGUGUGAUGCACAUCCUCCAACCCCAGUCAACCUCCUAGACUUUAGACCUGCAAACAAGUUCAUGUUGGUAUACUUUAUUUAACCUAUAUUUAGCUGGGGAGUCAUUGCUUAAGUCUGCCAUUUUAAAUAUACAACUGACAGUGAGUAUAAGUGACACUUUGUCAAUGACUUGCGAUAAUAAUUUCCCCCACCUUGACUCUCAUCAUCAGUACUUUCCCUUGCUGCCCACACAGAGAAAGUCUCGGAGGAGGAGAGUGCCAUAGAAAUGACCAAGAGCAUGUUGUAGUCCUUUUGAAGUUAUAUUCCAAUCAUUUAUCAAGUAUGAUGCUUUUACAUCUAUGGGAAUUCAUUUUGGGCCCUCCACAGGUUAGGUCCCCUAAGCCCUCCUGGUGAUACAACUCCAUGCUGGCACCAAGGGAAGCCAAGGCACCCUUUCAUCCUGUGUCAUUUCCUGACCUGAAUGAAUGAAUGGACAUGCCUGACUAUGACAGUUAGCUUUAAAAUAUAAUUUUGACACAGUUUGACGCUUAACAGCAAAUCAUUGACAAUUGAAAGAUACCCAAUGUUCAUAGAGUCUCCUCUACCCAUUAACUACAAAGGACAUCCUUUCAGUUAAGUAAUUUUGGUGGGAACUUGAAAAUAUUUAAAAGAGAGCGAAUCACUCAAAUAUUAUACUGCAAGACCUUCAGCGGGUAGAGACAGAGUAGUUACUAACCGUACUGUUGACUGGACACCUAAUAACAUAGAGGCUAGUUAGGUGUACUACUGGACAAUUCUCUUUGCAAAAUUGUGGACUGACUUUUGUUCAUAAUUUCUCAAUUUGAAUUUCUGAAGCUUGUGGAACAAUAAUGUUUAUAGAAGAGCGGAUUAUAACACUUUUUAAAAGGAACUUUCACCACACCUGUACAUACUGGAGUGUGUUCUUCAGUUUUGGACUGUGUAUAGCCUUCCUGGGACCCACCAUAUUGGACUUGCGAUGUCAAACCCAGUCUACACUGAGCCAGAUCACCUGGGUCUUCUUCUCCCAGCAGUUCUGCUUGCUCAUCGGCAGCUCAAUCGGAGGGGUCUUCAAGAAAACGUUGUUCAGUGCUCUAGCUGCACUGUUCUUGUCCUCGCUACUCAUCUCUGUAAUAUUUGCCAUCAUCCCCCUCUGCCAUAAUGUGCUGCUGUUGGCUAUUGCCAUGGCUGUGUCCGGUCUGGCCAUGGGCAUCAUUGACACCAUCGCCAACAUCCAGCUGGUCGCCAUAUAUCAGAAGGACUCGGCUGUCUUUCUCCAGGCCCUCCACUUCUUCAUUGGGUUCGGGGCGCUGGUGAGCCCUCUGAUUGCUGAUCCCUUCCUGUCGGAGACAGGCUGCAGGGUGGGGAAUGUGACAGAAAAUGUGACCGAGAUCAUGCACCACUUCAGGAACACGCUGAGGAACAGCCCCAUUGUGAUGCACAACGUGUCCAUGGACCACCUGCCCCUAGCAGAGGAGCCAGAGGAGUCCAUCGUGUCCUACGCCUUCUGGAUCAUGGCAAUGAUCAAUCUGCCAGUGCCAAUGGCAGUGUUAUUCCUGAUGUACCAGGAGCAGUUGAUCCCCUGCUGCCGCAGCACCACACCUCUUUUGCUGGACAAAGACGAGCUGUCCAUGGAGAACCAGGGGGCCGAGGGGCCUGACACAGAACCUAAAGACCAGGAGGAGGGAGGAGGUCAUGGGGAUAUCUUCAGCUGCUGUCAGAAUAACAACCUGCGUGAGUUGCCUGUGUCCUUCUUUGGGAUUCAUAUCGUUGGUGGAAUGGUCCUGUUCAUGACCGAUGGCAUUGUGGGUGCGUAUGCAGGCUUUGUGUACACAUAUGCAGUGUCUCCCCCCAUUUCUCUACCUAAUAAGACUGCGGGAUACCUGGUUAGUAUCUUCUGGGCAGCCAUUACUGCAGGACGUCUGGUGUCCAUCCCUCUCACCUUCCGCUUCCAGCCCGUUCGACUGCUCAUGAUUAAUCUGGCUGGUGUCAUUGUCACAGUGUUGUUGCUGCUCGUCCUCGACACCAGCAGUAUAUUCCUGUUUGUUGGGACCACUCUACUGGGCCUGUUCCUCAGCAGCAUCUUCCCCUGUAUGCUGGCUUACACUGAGGACAUCCUGGACUACCAAGGAUGUGCAACCUCAGUUCUGGUAACAAGUGCUGGGAUGGGAGAAAUGGUCAUGCAAGUCCUCGUUGGAUCGAUCAUCCAGAGUGAAGGCAGCUAUAGUUUCCUGCUCUGUGGAAUGAUAAUCGGUUGUAUGGGCUCCAUCCUCUUCUUCGGGCUGCUGUUCUUACAUCGCAUGCACAGGAAAUACCUCACUGGAACCUCAGUGAAGUCAGCCAUGGUGGAGGAGCUCCCACCAGCAGCAGCAGUAGUAGACAGUAAAACAGAACAGAAGGAGAGUAGCUGAGAGGCUAUGUAGCUGGGGCCAUUUGGUGCUCAGUAUUGUUAUUGACCAACAAUGUGAAGAGGAAGAAAACACGCCGUCAGUGAAGACAAAUACAUACAGUACCAGGACAUGUAAUGUUUUAGCCAUCCUGAAGGCUGCAAUAGCCAGAAGAGUGAAUAAGUCAUGUUUAAGUUAUUAAUAUAUUCCAAAUGAUUUAGUCCCUCCUUUUUUCCUUCCUGAAAAUGCCGCUACUGCUUCUUAUUCCAAUCAUCAUCAUCCCUUUAGAUAUGCUAAUGUUACCUUCUGUUUAAAACCCCUAUAGAUAAUGACUUU